UGAGGCCCUCGCCGUGGCAUUUUGAGUGGGAUCUGCUUGGUGCUUUGCUUCCGGCUUACUACUACUGCGUAGCUUAUUAACUACUCCCUCCGUUCAAACUAAUUUGAGGCUCGAUCAAAGUCUCGGUCAAAGAAAACAAUAUACGCCCUAAUUUCAGGAACGCAGGGAGUACUCAGUAUGGUUUUACGUGUCCUACUAGAGUUUUAAAUUUUGCGGUCUGACUCCUGUGGUUUAGGUCUGUGUUGCAACCGGCUUGCAGCUUAAUAAUAAUAGCUUUAGCUUCCUGCUGCAUUAUUAGAUUUAUUAGAUAUCGCAACGGACAUAUAGACUGUGGUACGUACGAUAUGCAACUGUGGGUUUUGCAGUUCAGCAGAUGGUUCCAGAGCGAUGAGACUAUAUACUCACAAACUGACCUCAGGAUCGCAAUUUAGAUGGUUUGUCACGUGUGCAAAGUGCCAGUUUGCUGUUUUGUUGUUGUGAUUCUUGUUAAUGUGCUUCAAUCUGGUUGAUUUUUUGUGGUAAAACAGUAUAAGAUUCCAAAAUGCAAAAGCGACUACGCAAUUAGCUGCAGUUCCUUUCAGAGAAGGAGUUCAAACUUACAUUUUGUUUAUAAUUUUGUUUCAGUUGAUAUUAUGUUGGUUAUUGGCCCUGGAUUGGCCUGGCCUCCAACUCCAAUUGCAGGCUUGCAGCGAGUAACAUUUUAGGGGUUGUGCAUGUUACUUUGUAUAUGCGGGUUCCUCUUGUGCUGCUAAAUGUUAUUUUGCGGCUACUGGCCCUAGAUCUGCUUUGACCGGACCUUGAUUGUGUCGCUAAUGAAUGCACAUUUCUUUAUCUCAUGCUGACAGAGAGAUGGUACAGACCUCAAAACACUAGCUAGAAGAUUUUGGAAAGUUGCUGCCCCUUACUGGUGGUCAGAGGAUAAAGUCCAAGCAAGGCUGCGGCUUGCUGCUGUAUUUACUCUCACACUGGCAACCACAGGGAUUAGUGUUGGAUUCAACUUUCUGGGGCGUGACUUCUACAAUGCCCUUGCCGUGCUUUCUCUUGCAAGACAAGGAUCAGGAACAAUUUACCAAGCAACUGCUGUACUACCUGGGAGGUUUUGCUGUAGGAAUUCCGUUCUUUGUCUUGAGGGACUAUGCAAGAGAAACCCUUUCUUUAAGAUGGAGAUCUUGGAUGACAAGUUAUUACAUGAAGCGCUACUUCAAAAACAGAACAUUCUAUAAGAUUCAGUCUCAAUCGCUAAUAGACAAUCCAGAUCAACGGAUCAAUGAUGAUCUCAGUUCAUUCACUGGAACAGCGCUUGCGUUUGCUCUGACACUUCUCAAUGCUGUUGUGGAUUUGGUAUCAUUCAGCAACAUCCUUUAUGGAAUCUAUCCACCAUUAUUCAUUGUUCUUGUUGUCUAUUCUCUUGGAGGGACCGCUAUUAGUGUCUUCCUUGGUAAGAAUUUGGUCAACUUGAACUUCAUGCAAGAAAAGAAAGAAGCUGAUUUUCGUUAUGGGCUUGUUCGUGUUAGAGAAAAUGCUGAAUCAAUUGCUUUUUAUGGUGGUGAGGAAAAUGAAUUGCAACUUCUGUUGGCUAGGUUCAGGAGGGCUUACCAAAACCUAACUGAAUUGCUGGUAGCAUCUCGGAAUCUGGAGUUCUUCACCAAUGGUUACCGAUAUUUAAUUCAGAUCCUUCCAGCUGCAGUUGUUGCCCCAAUGUUCUUCUCAGGAAAAAUCGAGUUUGGAGUAAUAAACCAAUCAGUAUCUGCUUUCAAUCACAUCCUCAGUGAUUUUUCUCUCAUCGUUUUCCAGUUUCAGUCAAUUAGUGCAUUCUCAGCAGUUAUUGAUCGUUUAGGUGAAUUUGAUGAUCUACUGGAUGCAAAUGAGCCUUCGCUAUCAUCCCGACGUGAUAGCAUUGAUGGGAUCAACAUUUUUUUCAAGAGCGGCAGUCCUUCUGUUCUUAGUUCCAAUGGAUCAGUAAUGCAAUCUGAUCCAGGCAUAGUUCUAGAGAUCUGUAAUUUGACAUUGUUAACACCCAGGAGCGAAAAUGUUCUGCUUACUGACUUCAGUAUGGAAUUAAAAGACAAGGACCACCUGCUGGUGAUGGGACCCAGUGGCAGUGGGAAGACUUCGUUGCUGCGUGCCUUGGCUGGCCUUUGGACUAGUGGUACUGGGAAUAUUGUAUACCAUGCGAGAGAUUCUGCGGAACUUCAAACAUCAAAUUUAGGCUCAGAUAAGCCAUCCAACAUAAAGCCUGAAGGUGAAGAACUACUUCAAAGUUCCAAGCAGAGAAGAGAUAAUGGCAUAUUCUUUGUGCCACAAAGACCGUAUAUGGUCUUGGGUACGCUUCGUCAGCAGUUGCUCUAUCCUACAUGGACUGAAAAAAUUCACCAGUCACCAAUUAAUGAUGCUCAGAAGACAGAUCUUCCCUUUCUAUCUGAAGUCAACACAUCAGAUGGAGUUGGUGCCGAGUCUGAGAUGCCCUCAACUGAGGAAUUGAUCAGAGUACUUGAGGCUGUUAGGCUGGGCUAUAUAUUGCCUCGUUUCAAUGGCUUGGAUUCUAUGCAUGAUUGGGCCAGUGUACUUUCGCUGGGGGAGCAGCAGCGUCUUGCAUUUGCUCGGUUGUUAUUAGCAAAGCCUACUUUGGUCCUACUGGAUGAGUCCACAAGUGCACUAGAUGAUACAAAUGAGGUUCAUCUAUACAGUCAGAUUGAAGCUGCAGGGAUUACAUACAUAAGCGUCGGUCACCGUAAAACACUUCACAGGUUCCACAACAAGGUCUUGUACAUUUCAAAGUCCGAUUCAACAACUAGUAGCCUUCGUAACUGGGAGUUAAAGCCGACCGACCAGAAAUCAAUUGAAGAAUCAUCACCAUUUGCUUCAUAACAAACUCCAUAUUGUGAAUCACUUUUGCCCCAUUUCUCAAUUCUUAAUCCCAAAUCUAACCCUUAUGGUAAGUACUGAUGCCAUACCAAGGAUCUCAUGUGCACGAGUUCAUUGUUACAAAACGGUCGCUGGAGGGGAUCUUCCUGUCUGUCAGCUGGAUCGAGAAAAUUGCGACAGUGCUACUAACCAACCUAACAUAGCUCAUUUUUGUGUAUGUUUAUACUUCAUAGUUUAGAGUGAACUAUAGCAGAUGUAUAUAUAUAGGACGAUUGACAAUGCUUGUGGCGUUACCAACUUAAUUUUUAUUACUGUCAGAAUUUUCUGUCGUUGGUUUAUUUCACACCUGACAAUUGAAUCCCUAUCCAGAUUCGA